UUGUGUGUGGCAGCAUGAGGUUGUUGAUCAUUGCAGCUGCCUCUCUGGCAGUGGUGAGCUGUGCCAGCCUCUCUCUGGAGGACCUGGAGUUCCACGCAUGGAAACUCAAGUUUGAGAAAUCAUAUAGCUCACUUGAGGAGGAGGCCCAUCGUAAAAACAUCUGGCUCUCCACCCGCCGCAGGGUCCUGAUCCACAACAUCCAGGCUGAUCAGGGCAUCAAGACCUACCGCAUGGGCAUGAACCAGUUCUCUGACAUGAACAGUGAGGAAUACAGUCAGACUGUCCUCCUCAGAAACAUGAUCCCCUCCAAUGAGACCAAAGCCAUGCCCCACCGAGGCACAGUAACUUCCACACCUAAAGGGGGCGCUGCUAAGCUGUCAGCCUCUGUGAACUGGAGGGAUAAUGACUGUGUUACACCUGUCAAAAACCAGGGAGGGUGUGGAUCCUGCUGGGCUUUCAGCACGACAGGUGCACUGGAGUCCCACACCUGUAUCAAAUAUGGACGUCUCCCCUCUCUGAGUGAACAGCAGCUGGUGGACUGCACUAGGUCCUAUGAAAACCAAGGCUGCAAUGGAGGUUGGAUGGAUCCAACAUUUCAGUAUGUCAUUGAUAACGGGGGGAUAGAGACAGAGGACUAUUACCCCUACGAGGCAGAGGAUGGAUCCUGCCGCUUCAAUCCCUCUGAUGUUGGUGCCACCUGCAGUGGAUAUUCUGAUGUGACGCCCAGUGGCGAUGAAUCUGCACUACAGUGGAUCGUGGCCAAUGUGGGACCCGUGUCUGUGGCCGUUGAUGCUGAAAACUUCCAGAACUAUGAAUCUGGUGUCUUCUACGACCCUUACUGCAGUAGCAGUAAUGUCAACCAUGCUGUGUUGGUGGUGGGCUAUGGAACUGAAGGUGGUCAAGACUACUGGUUGGUGAAGAACAGCUGGGCCGUUUACUGGGGAGAGGAAGGCUACAUCAAGAUGUCCAGGAAUCGGGGCAACCAAUGUGGCAUUGCAUCUUUUGCCUCUUAUCCUAUAGUCUGAUGAGGUCAAUCAGAGACAACUAGACGACAAGAAACCUCACUGAUCUUUUCUUACUAUGCAGAAAGGAAAAGCAAAAAUGUCUACAACUUUCAUCUUGCCUCAACUAGACAUUAGACACCCUUGGACAAGAGCCCUUGGUUACUGUUAUAAUUUAUAAUGUAUAUCUUCAAAUUUCAGCUCUCAAAUGAAUGUUUUUAAAGACGUGUAGUGUGAAGUUUCCCCGUAACUUAGCAAUAGCUGUUCUCUAGGUCUGUAGCCUGUUAUGAGCCUGAUAUGUGGUGUGCAAACCAUCAGUAAUUUCAAUGGCAGACAUCAUUGGGAGUUAAAGAUCAUUAUCUAGCCUACCAGCUGAUCUAAUGUUGAAGGGAGCCAGUGUGAAAACUAGAUAAGGUUCUUCUAGAUAAACUUCACACUCAUCUUAUUCUUAUUUGACAUGCAGAAAAUCGUGACAUUUGUGAUGAAAGGCUUUCUUCAACUGUAGCACAGUUCUUCUCAGCUGAGAGGCAGAGGUGUCUUCCCUGAGGGUUAGACAUUCACUGAUUGUGUAUCUGUACACAUAAAUGUAUAUCGUCACAAAUGCUGACUGAAAGUAUAUCCUUGUCUUAGUCAUGUCAGGCUUUGUAUUCCAUGUGAUCUCAGCACCACUUACAUAACCACAGUGGUCACAUUUUGAUACGUGGUGUCCAGUUUCCUCUUCCUGCAGCCAUGUAUAUAAUUGACCAAAAUACAACAUAGAUGACUUCUGAUGUAGUGUGAUGUUUAUAUAUGUUACCUAAAUAAAAAUGUCAUCUUC